CUUCACAAAAUUUGGGGAAUAGUUAGUUGUUGUUCAAUUUAUGACACUGGGGCUUCUCUUUGUCAUCAUAUCAACCCACCCUUUUCACAAUUCAUUUCGAUUGCAACUGUGUGUGUAUACAUACAUAUGUUUGUGUGUAUAUUUGCUGAAAGAGUAGUGUUUUGUGAAAAGUAGUGCAUUAUAAAUUAUUUUCUUUAAUUUAUAGAGAUAAAGUUAGGAUCUUUAUGCGAUAUAAUCUAUGUUUGUUUGAUAGGGCUGUCUGAUUUGAUCGCUGAGUCCAAGAUUUGACUGGUCAGUAUAAAUCGAUUGGAUGUAAGAAUGUGCAAGAGAUUGUUCAAUUGAUGACAUUUGAUUCUUUUCGGGUUUUUUAUGGUUCUUGGUGAAACAGUUUGGUAAUUAGGAAGAAUAGGUAGAGCAGAUGAAUGUGGUGGGUAAAGUUGGGAGCUUGAUAGCUCAAGGUGUGUACACAGUUUCCACCCCUAUUCAUCCCUUUGGUGGAGCUGUUGAUAUUAUCGUGGUUCAGCAACCGGAUGGUUCAUUCCGUAGUACUCCUUGGUAUGUUCGAUUCGGUAAGUUUCAGGGUGUUUUGAAAGGGGCAGAAAAGAUUGUUCGUAUAGAGGUUGAUGGAGUUGAAGCCGAUUUUCAAAUGGUGCUUGAUAAUUCGGGGGAAGCUUAUUUUCUUAGAGAGAUAAGUUCAGGGAGAGAUAGUGAAUGCAAUGAUCGGCCGAAAGAUUUCGAGAGCUUAAGUAGUGCCCGAGAUGAUGCAAGUAGUAUUGAUUUUAACGAGACUGAUGAUGGUAGAAAGGAGAAUGUUGAAGUUUUGCAAGACGAACAUAUAUCUUUAGGUGUUGACCGAAUGGAGAUAAAUGAAUCUGAUAAUGAAAUGCCUUUUUAUGACUUUCAGGAUGAACACUCCUUCCUCGACGAUUCACUUGAGUUAUCGGAGUAUGGGUCUAAUCGAUAUGAUAACUUAGAUAACGUUGACGAUUUAGCUGAGUCACGAAUAUUAGAUUCCGAGGUGGUCUUGGUUAGUGUAGAUGGGAAGAUACUGACUGCACCAAUUUCAUCGUUGGAGAGGGAUCUUGAGAACUUGCAAUCGAGAUCACCUCAAUUUCAAUCCGGCCCAGUUGAAGAGACAAAUGAUUCUGAAAACAAUGUGGACUUCAGUACAAGUGUUGUGACUUCUGCUGCUCAUCAUUCAGGUGAUUUGGAUACAUCUAGACCCCAGAGUGUUUCUGGAGAUGCUCAAGAGGUCAAAAGUAAUAUUAAUUCAAUCGAGCGGGAGUCGAAAUUUCAAGAAGGAAUUGAGGGGGAUGACUGCCAAGAUCAAGAAACUCAGACUGAUGAAGGCAGACAGGAGCUAAAGCAAGGCAUUGCUGGCUAUGUGGAUGAUGCCUCUAUUGGUCUUAAGAGAGAUGAUGUUUUUAAAAGCUGCCUAGAACUGAAUGAACUGGACAGGACUAAGAGUUCACUGUCGGAUCCACAAGAGAAGUCUCCUCGAAGUCUUUUCAGACUUGAUGAAGAUGAGGGUGAAAGUGUUAAUGUAAUAAUUAAUAGUGAAGCUGAUGAAGGUACGCAUGAGAAUUCUCCUCAUAAUUUUUUAGUAGCUGAUGAAGCGGAUGAUGGAGAAGUUUCUGUAUUGUUAGAUAGUAACAAAAAUUCUCCUCUGAAAUCUAAUGCUCCAAGUACAACUUAUGCCGAUUCAGAGGUUGAAAAUGAACUUGUGGAGUCAAAUAUGACAUCUACAGCUCAAAACUCUCCUGAUACAUUACCUGUUAAAUCUUUUACUAAUGAUAUGGAACAGAAUGCUCAUGGUGGCAGUGAACACCAGCAGAGAAUAGCUAUUUUUGAAGGCGAAUGUGCUCAUGGCCCGACUGUGGAAUCUCGGACAUCUCAUGAAGAAAUUAAAACUGAUCUAAGCAUGCGGUUUGAAAUCUCUCUUUGUGGAAACUUACUCUCUGCUGGUAUGGGAUCAAGAGAGGCUGCUGAAGUUUUCGAUGCACAUCGAAUCUUUGAGGAGGAAUAUAAAACUUCUCCGGCAUCAGUCAUCAAGAACGAAAAUUUAGUUGUCAGAUUCCAGAAGAAGUACUUGACAUGGGAGAAAGCUGCACCAAUAGUCCUUGGAAUGGCAGCAUAUGGUUUGGACCUACCUGUUAAGCAGAGUGAUAUUAUUCGUGUGGAACAUGAUGAGAUACUGAAACAUGGAGAAGAUGAAGGUGCACUCCCUUCAACUCCUUCCGGACGUAGAUGGAGGCUCUGGUCAUUGCCAUUUAGAAGGGUUAAAACACUCGAGCAUGCUGCUAGUAACUUGACCACUGAGGAGGUGGCUGCUAAUGUUGAACCCAUGGUAUCAACGUCAGCAUCCAGUGUUGUAAAUGAUUCUCCUCGCAAACAACUACUUAGAACAAAUGUCCCUACCUCUGAGGAAAUAGCUUCGUUAAACUUGAAAGAAGGAAAAAAUAUGGUGAAUUUUAUUUUCUCCGCAGGGGUACUAGGGAAGCCAAAUGAGGUUCAGGCUCAUAUAUACUUGUGGAAGUGGAAUGCAAGAAUUGUUAUAUCAGAUGUUGAUGGAACAAUCACCAAGUCUGAUGUUCUCGGCCAAUUCAUGCCUUUAGUUGGAAGGGAUUGGACGCAAUCUGGGGUAGCUCGGCUUUUCGGUGCCAUAAAGGAGAACGGAUAUCAGCUACUGUUUUUAAGUGCACGUGCAAUUGUUCAGGCAUAUUUAACAAGAAGUUUUCUUGUAAAUCUCAAGCAGGACGGGAAAGCUUUACCUCAUGGGCCUGUUGUCAUAUCGCCUGAUGGUCUAUUUCCUUCAUUGUAUCGAGAAGUUAUAAGAAGAGCACCUCAUGAGUUUAAGAUAGCAUGUUUAGAGGAUAUUAAAGCACUCUUUCCUCCGGAUUACAAUCCAUUUUAUGCGGGAUUUGGUAAUAGGGACACUGAUGAGCUUGCUUACAGGAAAGUUGGGAUUCCAAAAGGCAAAAUUUUUAUCAUUAACCCUAAGGGUGAAGUAGCCAUUAGUCAUCGAAUUGAUGCAAAGUCGUAUACUUCUUUACACACGCUAGUUGAUGACAUGUUUCCACCAACUUCAAUGGUUGAGCAGGAAGAUUACAAUUCAUGGAAUUAUUGGAGAAUGCCAUUGCCAGAUAUUGAUAUCUUGUAAAAAGAAUUCCUAUUGAAACAAGACGUUGGUCGUUGAAGCAUGGACAGAUGGUAUCCAAAGGAUGCGCCCAGAAUUUACCUGAUUAUCAGCUAUGAUCAUGCUGUUGGGACUCUGAUACCUAAUAUUGGCGAAAGUUAAUUGUAAACCAUUCAUUUUGUACUAAGCCUGGUGGAACUAGAGUUAUGUUACUUAAUAAUGAAGACCUCAAAGCACAUUUCUGUUUUUGCCCUCAAUGUUAUCAGUAUAUACACAAUUCUUGGGCAUACAGGAAGCCUGGUCAUUUAUCAUUUUUAUACAUAGGCAUGUAGCAAAGAUUAGUGACAUGGGGAUUGUUAUCAUUGCCUGUUUAGUUUCUAUGACAUGGGUUUAAUGAAUGUGUCUUGGAAGUUAGAUUA